AUGUGGGAGGCUUCUAACUCUAUUGCCUCACCAGCAGUAGUGGACAUGCCAGGGAAAGGAGCCUUAGUGUUAUCCCCUGCCAUCACAGACUAUCUGAAAGCUACAAGUAGCGAUAGUUAUAGACUAUUCAAAGAUGAGGCAGCUCAGUCUCUUCAAUGUUACUUUUGUUAUGAAGAAACUGAAGUCCAGAACUGCAACCAAGUGAAGAAUUGUCCAGAGGAGGCCAAAGGCUGCCGGACCAUAACCCACAGCUCGAACACUGGAUAUCCUUUUGUGUCCGGAGAAGAGUUAGUGACCAGAGACUGUGCACAAAGCUGUUUCCAGAGUGACCCCGAUGCCCUCGGGCAAGAAAACCGGGUGUACUGCUGCAGGGGGAACCUCUGUAACAACCUGUACGAAGUCUUCGCGAAUAAAACCGGCCACACCAAUCAUUCUCCCGGCACCAUGAAGGGCGGCCUCCUCCCCGGCCUGGCCUUACUCACCCUCCGGCUCUUUGUGUAGCCGCCACCAUGAGCCUCACAGCUGGUGGAAAGUUUUUUUUGGUGAACUCAUCCUAUAACCCGUGAUUAGAAGUCAGAGGUGAUGAACCCUGAGACUCCAUGACGCAUCGCCUUACUAAGUCAUUAGAAUAGCAGAUGCCAAUCUCCAGGUGACACGGUGAGGUUACUCAAGUCCUUACGUAAACACCAGAGGGUCCUUAUGGUAUCACUGAAACCGGAC